UUCUAUUAUCGUAACAACAAAACUGCCUGGAUGACAUCUGCAUAUUUCAAAGAGUCACUGCAAGACUUGCAUUUCAAAAGUCAAAAUCAGCACAUAGCAUUGACAAUUGACAAUUUUUCUGUGGAGUUAGACGAUGCAGGAGACGAUGACAUCUAUAAGAUAAAUCUCCUCGAAGUCAUGUUGAUGGUAAGGGAUGCUUGGGACGCUGUCACUCCAGAGACAAUUAGGAAUUGCUGGAAGCAUACAAAAAUUACAGAGGCUAUCCCGGACACUCCUGCUUCAUCGAAUCUGAUUUGCUCCACUCCCAACACUCAGUCCCCUCUUGCGGAUGCUGAGGCAUGGCAAAUCAUAAAGAAUUUUGCAACUGGUAUUAUUGAAACCCUUCCAAAUGCGCAGGAGCAGCUGGCAGCACGUCUAGGUUUAAAAUAUCACUAUAACGAUUGGAAACCUGCCUUUGAUGCAAUAUUCGCGGCCAAGGAUGAUGAAAUGGCUGCUGCAACUGCCAUUGAUCACCUUGCCUCCAAAUCACUCUACCCCGCAGCAGCUGCCCCACAUCUUCAAGAAGGUCUCCCCAAACCUCCAACUCGUCCCUUACAACCAUCUUUGCCACAGUUGUCUCAGCUUGAGACUGAACUUAUGAACACUAUUGAAGAUCUGCAGCAUCGUAAACAAAUCUGUGGUACUGCACCUACUUUGGAGGAUUUGUUGAACCCGAUCGAAGAAGAUGUGAUUGGCCAUACUGGCCUCGAGUUCCCUGGUGGAGAUGACGAGAUUAUUGGAAAAAGAAGAAAAUGCAGCCCUCAAACAACUGAUGGGGUGGCUUGUGGUAGAGCACAACAAGUUAGCAGUGGCCCUCGCUGGACU